CCUAUAUAAUAAAUUAAAUAGCUUGUCAUAAAUUGCUUUGGCGGCUUCAAGUAACUCUCCUUUCAGAAAUCAACUUUGUGGAGCUAGGAUUCUUUGAAUAGAUACACAUAGCCAUAUGCAUUCCGAAUCCAUGAACUGUAAUGGACACGAAAAAACCUUAUCUUCGGGUAUCAUCGGUAUAGAAGUGUAUUUUCCACAGACGGUGGUUUCGUUGAAGGAGUUGGAAAAGUUUGAUGGGGUUUCGCAAGGGAAAUAUACUAUCGGUCUUGGACAAGAUAACAUGAGUUUUUGCGGUGACCGUGAAGAUGUGAUAUCAAUCGCUAUGACUGUAUUGGAUUCGUUAGUAUCGAAGUAUGGCAUAAGUUAUGGUGACAUUGGCCGUUUAGAGGUUGGCACUGAAACAAUUAUCGAUAAAAGCAAGUCUGUAAAGACUGCCUUGAUGCAGCUUUUUGAGUCUUGCGGAAACACAGAAGUCGAGGGUUUGGAUACCACCAACGCCUGUUACGGUGGAACUCAAGCGUUGUUCAACACACUGUAUUGGUUGGAAUCUCCAUAUUGGAACGGCAAAUACGGAGUUGUUGUUAUGGCAGACAUUGCAGUUUAUGCUCCAGGACCUGCCAGACCAACUGGAGGUUGUGGUGCAGUUGCUUUGCUUUUGGGAAAAGGGAAGGAAGUAAAACUCAUUCCAGAGGUGCAGUUACGAGCUACUCACAUGGAAAAUACUUAUGACUUUUUCAAACCUAAUCUUUCCUCAGAAUAUCCAACUGUAGAUGGUGCGAAAACUAUUAGCUGUUAUCUUCGUGCAUUGGAUACUUGCUAUUCUCGUUUUAUCCAUCGCGCUGAAGGACUUACCAAACAAGACAACUUUUCACUACAAGACAUUGAUUAUAUUGUGUUUCACGCACCUUUUCAUAAAAUGGUGCAAAAAUCUUUCGCUCGCCUACUCUUCAAUGAUUUUAAACGUGACCCUGAGAAUACUUUUUUCAAGGACGUUCAACAGUUUGGAAAUAUUUCUAUGGAAGCUUCUUAUAGCGACAAAGAUUUAGAAAAGGCAUUUGUUACUUUAUCGAAAGCUUUGUAUGAAGAGAAAUGUGCGCCUGGUACUUUCCUCGCCAAGAAUAUUGGCAACUCAUAUACAGCAUCGUUGUACGGUAAUUUGGCUUGUUUGAUUAACGAAAAAGGAAACGAUUUGAUGAACAAGCGCAUUGUGCUUUUCUCUUAUGGCUCAGGUUUAGCUUCAUCUAUGUUUUCGUUGAAAGUAAUUCAAUCAGUACAACCUAUAGCUCAAAAAUUGGAUAUGAGAACGCGUCUCUCUUCUCGUAUAUGGAUGAAUCCGGAAGAUUUCACGAAAACCUUACAAUUACGUGAGCAACGUUAUGGACAGAUGGACUAUUCGCCAUCCAACUCAAUUGAUUCAUUGUUACCUGGGACAUUUUACUUGGAACAAGUGAACUCGAUAGGUUGUAGGAAAUAUAACCGAAAAUAGUAUGUCGUUUCUCAUUAAACAAAUCGGAACUUACUCUCGAUCU